AUUCAUUCUUUAAUCUUUUUUCCUCGCAAAAAAAAAAAAAUAAAAAAAAAGAAUAAUCUUAAAACCAAAAAAAUAAAAUAAUGGCAAGAGUUCAACUAUUUUUAUGCUUUACCAUUCUUUUUGCAACUGCGUCCCUUCUGGAUCUGGCUUCAGCACACCUGAAUUAUAAGCCAUCUUUGCCUCAGCUUGAAGAUCCAAAGACUGUGAAGGAUGUGGAGCCUUACACGGUUAAAGUAGUGAUGGUCUUUGUGGCCGAUCUUGAGAAGGAAUGUCCCAAGAACAAUAAGUUCAAGGUCUUCUUUGAGAAACUUAGGGGAUUUGCCAAGUAUGUUUGCCCAAUAAAAAGAAGAGACCAAGUAGAUUACGAUAGAGACUUGAAGGCCAAAGCCGGAGGCAUCUUCAAGGCCAUCUCUUCUUUUGCGAUUGGAAAGAUAAGGGAGGAAAUCCAAGAGGAAAAAAUGGAAGCCAUUAAUACCUUUAAGUUUAUGAAAUCCGUGGCGGCUAAAAUUAUGGGAGGCCGUAGACAGGACGAGAGUGAAGACACCAUGAAGUUAACGGCAGAACAACAAAAAGAAAUCAAAGAAGGGAUCUUGAAAUGGGAAACAAUCAUUACACGAAUAACAAACACAAUGGUGAUGAGCUCAUCAAACUCUUCUUCCAGUGAAGAAUCUAAUGUUGAAAAAGAAGAUUCAAGCAGCAACAGCAAAAGCUCUGGUAAAGAAAGCUCAACCUCAGCUAAAGGCUCUUCUGAAGAGACUAAAGAUUCAAAUUCUAACUCGGGCAGUCCUAGUGGAACUGGAAGUCCAUCCAGCAGCCCAUCUGAUGCAAGUGGAAAAGAAACUUCCACUAAGGAUACUAAAACUAAAGGAGAAAGCUCUUCUGAUGCAAGUGGAAAAGAAACUUCCUCUAAGGAUACUAAACCUGCCGGAGAAACCUCUUCUGAUGAUGCAAGUGGAAAAGGAACUAGCUCUAAGGAUACUAAAAACACCGAGGAAGAAUCUUCUGCUACAAGUGGAAAAGAAACUUCCACUAAGGAUACUAAAACUAAAGCAGAAAGCUCUUCUAAUGCAAGUGGAAAAGAAACUUCCACUAAGGAUACUAAAGCUAACGGUGAAAGCUCCGCUAGUGAAAAGACCGAAACUAGUCAGAGCAGCACCGUAAAUGUGGAACAAGUUGAGGCUGAGACUUCCAAACAAGUCUCAUCAUUCAUAAUGAACCUCGAAAAGAAGUGCCCGCAGAAGGAAGAAUACAAAGCCUUCUUCGAGCAACUCAAGGGUACAAUGAUUGCUCCCGUCAAAGAAGGAAAAGAUUUGUUUACUAGGAUUAAAUCUGCUGCUGGAAAAGUGUCUGGUGCCAUGGCAUUUAUUCGAUCAAGAAUUGAAAGCAAAUCAGCUGAGGUUAAACAGUCUAUGGAAACUUACCAGGGAGAAGUGAUGAAGACUCUCCAAGAGUUAGAAACCAUCCAUAGUCAAAUUGUGAGUCAGAACAAAGGAAAGAAAGAAGGGUCUUUGACAUGCACACCAGCACAACAAAUGCAGAUUAAGCAGACAAUCACCAAGUGGGAACAAGUCACUACCCAAUUCGUUGAGACUGCAACUCAGAGCGAGACAAAGACAUCUUCUUCUGCCUCCAGCAAAAUGGUGGCAAACUAAACUCAAAUGCAAAGCUACAAGAACUCACUUGAAAAUCAGCAAUAAAAUGCCAUAUAUUAACAACAUUUAGCUAAUAAUUAUAGUUUUUUUUUGUAUAUAAAAAACUAAAAACUGUAUGGGCUAGCCAGAGAUAUAUCGACCGGCCUAUGUAAGGAAUAAGUUUGUAAAAAUUAAUAUAGAUUGAAAGCUCCUAUGUAUGUUAACAAACAUUCAUAAGUGAAUGAUAUCACCAAAAGUAUUUUUUAUUUUUA